AUGUUCGAAGCUCACGUACUGCAUUUGCUUCGGAGAUAUUUGGGCGAAUAUGUACACGGACUCUCGUCAGAGGCGUUGAGAAUAAGUGUUUGGAAGGGUGACGUUGUCCUCAAAGAUUUGAAGCUAAAGUCAGAGGCACUAAAUGCACUAAAACUCCCGCUUACCGUCAAAGCUGGCUUUGUUGGUACCAUCACAUUGAAGGUUCCUUGGAAAAGUUUGGGGAAAGAACCGGUGAUUGUUCUAAUCGACCGUGUCUUUGUUCUUGCUAAUCCUGCUCCUGAUAGUCGGACUGUAAAGGAGGAGGAUAGAGAAAAACUUUUCCAAGACAAGCUUCAGCAGAUUGAGGAAGCAGAGUUAGCAACACUUGAUGCAAUAUCCAAGUCCAAGUUGGGAAGUCCAUCUUCUGGAAAUUCAUGGCUGAGUUCUCUUAUCUCUACAAUUAUUGGAAAUCUCAAGAUAUCUAUAAGCAAUGUGCAUAUCAGAUACGAAGAUUCAAUCAGUAAUCCCGGCCAUCCAUUUUCUUCAGGUGUGACUUUGGCUAAGCUUGCUGCUGUUACAAUGGAUGAACAGGGGAAUGAAACUUUUGAUACUAGUGGUGCUUUGGAUAGAUUGAGGAAGUCAGUGCACUUGGAGAGGCUGGCUCUUUAUCAUGAUUCUGAUAGACUUCCUUGGGAGAUUGACAAGAGAUGGGAGGAUAUCAGUCCACAUGAAUGGAUUGAGAUAUUUGAAGAUGGCAUAAAUGAGCCUAUUGAUCACCAUAAGUUGGUGUCUAAGUGGGCUAUGAACCGAACAUACUUGGUCUAUCCUAUCAAUGCAAGCCUACAGUAUCAUCGUCUUGGAAACCAAGAAAGAAGUGAUCCCGAGAUCCCGUUUGAGAAAAUUUCCCUUGUCCUCACAGAUAUCUCUCUUACCCUUACAGAGGCUCAGUAUUAUGAUUGGAUAAAACUCUUGGAAGCCGUUUCAAGAUACAAGACAUAUUUGGAAGUUUCUCACUUACGACCUACAGUUUCCAUCUCAAAGGCUCCUUAUCUGUGGUGGCAGUAUGCUGCCCAGGCCACGCUCCAGCAGCUGAAGAUGUGUUAUCGCUUGUCAUGGGACCAAAUUAGAGAUCUUUGUCAGCGUCGGCGGCGAUAUGUUCAGUUAUACGUGGCUUCUCUUCAACAGUCAUCCACCGUCAACCUCUUAGAAAUCAGAGAAAUAGAGAAGGAUCUUGAUUCAAAAGUGAUUCUUCUAUGGAGGUUGCUAGCUCAUGCCAAGGUUGAAUCUGUAAAAUCUAAGGUAGCUGCUGAAGAAAGGAAACUCAAGAACAAGAGCUGGUUUUCAUUUAGAUGGGGUGCUGACACAGAAGAAGCUUCUUUGAGUGAUGCUUCCGAGGAGCAACAACUUAAAGAAGAAAGUUUAACUACAGAAGAAUGGCAGGCAAUCAAUAAGUUACUAAGUUUUCAGCCCGAGGAUGAGUUGAUGGUACGAUCUGCAAAAGAUAUGCAGAAUAUGGUCCAGUUUCUGGUAACUGUAUCUAUUGGUCAGGCUGCUGCCAGGAUUAUCAGUGUGAAUCAGGUGGAAAUUGUAUGUGGUCGUUUUGAGCAACUUGAUGUGAAAACCAAGUUUAGGCACCGCAGUGUUUACUGUGAUGUGUUACUAAAGUUCUAUGGCUUAUCUGCUCCUGAAGGUUCACUUACCCAGAGUGUCUAUAGUGAGCAGAAGGUAAAUGCAUUAGUGGCUAGUUUUGUGCACUUGCCAAUUGGGGAGAAUAUUGAUUGGAGAUUGUCAGCUACAAUUGCUCCAUGCCAUGUUACGAUUUUGAUGGAUAGUAUUGACCGUGUCUUUGAGUUUUUAAAGCGGAGUAAGGCAAUUAGUCCUACUGUUGCAUUGGAGACAGCUACUGCUUUACAGAUGAAGUUUGAGAAAGUGACUCGUAGAGCGCAGGAGCAAUUUCAAAUAGCUUUAGAGGAGCAGAGCAGAUUUGCAUUUGAUAUUGAUCUCGAUGCUCCUAAAGUAAGAGUUCCUCUCCGAACUAGUGGUUCAGACCGAUGUGAUAGUCAUUUCCUUUUGGAUUUUGGUCAUUUCACCCUACACACCGCGGAAAGCCAGUCUGAUGAGCAGAGGCAGAAUCUUUAUUCUCGAUUUUGGAUUACUGGACGAGAUAUUGCUGCUUUUUUUACCGACUGUGGCUCUGAUUUUGGGAAUUGCAGUUUGGUGAAGCCAAAUUAUGACGGCCAAAUAGUGAAUUCACCCAUUACUGAUACGGUUGAAAAUGUUUAUUCUCUGAUUGAUAGGUGUGGAAUGGCAGUACUAGUUAAUCAGAUUAAAGUGCCUCAUCCACGUUUCCCCUCCACUCUUAUUUCCAUUCAAGUGCCGAACCUUGGCAUUCACUUUUCGUCAGAGAGAUAUUUCAGAAUCAAUGAACUGCUAAACAUAUUAUAUAAGACUAUGGAAAAUUGUAGUCAACCUACGUCAGAUAGUUUCCAAUCUAAAGUUACUCCUUGGAGUUCUGUGGAUCUUGCCACUCAUGGUAGAAUCCUAGUAUGGAAGGGAAUUGGCAAUUCCGUUGCUACAUGGCAUCCUUGUUUCUUGGUGCUUUCAGGAUCAUAUCUUUAUGUAUUUGAAUCAGCAAAGUCCCAGAGUUACCAACGAUACUUAAGCAUGGCUGGGAGGCAAGUCCUUGAUAUUCCUCCAAUGAAUGUUGGUGGCUCCCCAUUUUGUAUUGCUGUAAGCACCAGGGGAAUGGACAUUCAGAAGGCUCUGGAGUCUUCUAGCACCUGGAUCUUAGACUUUCGGGAAGAAGAGGAGAAGGGUUUAUGGUUCAAAGGACUCAUCCAAGCUACAUAUCAAGCCUCUACGCCCCUAUCAGUUGAUGUGCUAGGUAAUUCAGAGGGUGCUGCUGCUUCCUACAAUGCUCUUAAUACCACAAAUUCAAAAACAGCUGACAUUGUUAUAAAUGGGGCAUUGAUGGAAGCCAAGCUGUUUAUAUAUGGAAAGGCUGGAAACACCACCACUGAUGGAAAUCAUGAUGAAUCUCUCAUUCUUGAAAUUGUUGCAGAUGGGGGAAAGGUGCAUGUCAUUCUUGCAGAUGGGGACCUUACAGUGAAGAUGAAAUUGCAUUCUUUAAAAAUUAAGGAUGAACUUCAGGGUCGUCUAUCUGUAACUCCACAAUAUCUAGCUGUUUCAGUCUUGAACAGAGAAACUUUAUGUUCUUCCUCUGACUCAACCGACUCCCAUGGGAAGGACGUUUCUCUUGGGAUUCUUGAUGAUGAUGAUAGCUUUAUGGAUGCAUUAUCGGAGUUCAUAUCUCAAACAGAUGGAGGACAUUGUUUACAUAAUAUUGAGUUAGAUCAGCAUGGGUUGACGGGGAUUGCUUCUGACUUUGAAUCUCUAGAAAGUUUAAUUCAUGAAAAAGAAAUUGAAAAGGGGAAGGCUACUCCUCGUGAGAUAUAUUAUGAGGCAGAAGGAAGUGAUACUUCAAAUUUUGUAUCUAUGUCUUUCUCAACCAGGAGCUCUGGCUCACCUGAUUAUGAUGGUAUCGAUACACAGAUGUGUGUUCGUAUGUCCAAGCUGGAAUUUUUUUGCAACCGACCCACUAUUGUUGCAUUGAUAAGUUUUGGAUUGGAUAUAAGCACUGGAAAUGAAGUGACAAGUGAUACAGACACCUUGAAAACUUCUCCAGAGAGACCUUUAGUGAAGGAAAGGACUGAUGAAAAGGGGCGUGUUAGAGGAUUGUUAGGAUUUGGUAAAGAACGUGUAGUAUUUCGUUUGAACAUGAAUGUUGAUAGUGUAACUAUAUUUCUUAACAAGGAGGAUGGUUCUCAACUUGCAAAGUUAGUACAAGAAAGUUUCUUGAUGGAUCUUAAGGUUCACCCAAGUUCUCUUUCUAUUGAUGGAACAUUAGGCAAUUUUAGACUCUGUGACACAUCCCUUGGAACUGAUCAAUGUUGGGAUUGGCUCUGUGACAUUCGAAAUCCUGGUAUUGACUCCCUUAUAAAGUUCAAAUUUAAUUCUUAUAGUGUUGAAGACGAUGAUUAUGAAGGAUAUGACUAUAGCUUGCAAGGUCAACUUUCAGCUGUUCGCAUUGUUUUCCUUUAUAGGUUUGUUCAAGAGAUAACCGUGUACUUUAUGGAACUGGCGUCCCCUCAUACUGAAGAAGCAAUCAAACUUGUUGAUAAAGUUGGAGGAUUUGAAUGGUUGAUUCAGAAAUAUGAAAUAGAUGGAGCUACUGCGCUCAAGCUGGAUCUUGCACUUGACACACCAAUUAUAAUUGUUCCAAGGAACUCAAAAAGUAAAGAUUUUAUACAACUUGAUCUGGGAAAGCUUCAGAUUAAAAAUGAAUUCAGUUGGCAUGGAUCUCAAGAAGAAGACCCUUCAGCUGUGCAUAUUGAUGUUCUUCAUGCUCAGAUUCUGGCUAUUAACAUGUCUGUUGGAAUCGAUGGUUGUCUUGGAAAACCAAUGAUACGGGAAGGUCAAGGACUUGAUAUAUUUGUUCGUCGAAGUUUGAGGGAUGUUUUUCGAAAAGUUCCGACAUUUUCACUUGAAGUGAAGGUGGAUCUAUUGCAUGGUAUAAUGUCUGAUAAAGAAUAUAAGGUGAUUUUGGAUUGUACAUUCAUGAAUUUAUCAGAAGAACCAAGGCUUCCUGCUAGUUUUCGGGGUGGAAAAUCUGAUUCGAACGAUACUAUUAAGCUUCUAGUUGAUAAGGUUAACCUGAACAGUCAAAUUCUGUUGUCUCAGACAGUUACAAUUAUAUCUGUUGUGGUGAACCAUGCCUUGCUGGAGCUUUGUAAUGGCACUGAUGGGGAGUCUCCAUUGGCUCAUAUUGCGCUGGAAGGUCUCUGGGUUUCAUAUCGCAUGACAUCUUCAUCAGAGACAGACUUGUUCGUGACAAUUCCAAAAUUUUCUAUUCUAGAUUUUCGCCCUGAUACGAAACCUGAAAUGCGCCUGAUGCUUGGAUCUUCCACUGAUGCUUUCAAACAAGCUGGUACUAUAAAGGUUCCCGUUUCGUUUAACCUGGGUAGCUUUCGGAGGACAAGCAGUGAAGCUGGAAUUGAUGAUACACCCAUUUCAACAAUGUUCUUGAUGGACUAUAGGUGGCGUAUGUCAUCACAAUCAUUUGUAAUUCGUGUGCAGCAACCUCGAGUCCUUGUUGUGCCAGAUUUUCUUCUUGCAGUGGCAGAGUUUUUUGUGCCUUCUCUUGGAGCACUCACUGGAAGAGAGGAAACAAUGGAUCCAAAGAAUGAUCCCAUUAGCAGAAACAGUAGCAUAGUGCUGAUGGAAACAGUUUACAGGCAGGAAGAAGAUGUGGUGCACCUCUCCCCAUCUAAACAGUUAGUUGCAGAUUGUGUAGGCAUUGACGAAUAUACAUAUGAUGGCUGUGGAAAGGUUAUUUGUCUAUCUGUUGAAACAGAUACAAAAGAAGUCCGCAGUACAAGAUCUAGACCAAUUAUAGUCAUUGGAUGUGGCAAAAGAUUGCGAUUUGUUAAUGUAAAAAUUGAGAAUGGUUCUCUCCUAAGGAAGUAUACGUACCUGAGUAAUGAUAGCAGCUACUCAACCUCUAUUGAAGAUGGUGUGGACAUUGUCGUUCCAGGUGAUUUGUCUUCUGGUGAUGAGCAAAGCCUUGAAAUCUUAAAUCAAACAUCAGGGUCUUCCUUAUAUUCUCAGAGUGAAUCAAAUGGUACUCAAAGUUUUACGUUUGAAACCCAGGUUGUUUCCUCCGAGUUCACCUUCUAUGAUGGUACUAAGUCAUUUCUCGAUGAUUCAUCUUAUAGCGAGAAGCUUAUCCGGGCAAAGUUGGAUCUUAGCUUCAUGUAUGCGUCCAAGGAAAACGACACUUGGAUUAGAGCCCUGGCGAAGGAUUUUACUGUUGAAACUGGUUCUGGUCUUAUCAUUCUAGAUCCAGUGGAUGUUUCAGGGGGAUAUACUUCUGUGAAAGAUAAAACAAAUAUAUCUUUGCUAUCAACGGACAUUUGUAUUCAUCUUUCACUUAGUGCUGUUUCUCUUAUACUAAAUCUUCAAAGUCAGGCAUCUGUUGCAUUAAAUUUGGGAAGUGCAACUCCCCUUGUUCCAUGCACCAACUUUGACCGAAUUUGGGUGUCUGAAAAAGAGACUGGUCCCAACAACAAUAUUACCUUUUGGAGGCCUCAAGCUCCGGCUAAUUAUGUUGUAUUAGGAGAUUGUGUGACAUCAAGGCCAAUUCCUCCGUCACAGGCAGUAAUGGCAGUAAGUAACACAUAUGGUCGUGUAAGGAAGCCAGUUGAUUUCCGUCUUAUAGGGUCAUUUCAGAAUAUUGAAGGUGGUGGAAGUGAUAGCCAUUCUACUUCUGCCAGUGAUUGUUCUCUUUGGAUGCCUGUUGCGCCCCCAGGAUACACAGCACUGGGCUGUGUAGCCCAUGUUGGGAACCAGCCACCCCCGAAUAAUGUUGUUCAUUGCCUACGUUCUGAUCUUGUAACAUCAGCAAAGUAUUCGGACUGCAUAUUUAAUAUCCCAUCAAAUUAUCAGUUUACCUCUGGAUUUAGCAUAUGGCGCCUUGACAAUGCUAUUGGCUCUUUUUUUGCACAUUCUUCCUCUGGUUGCCCUCUCAAAGACGGACUUUACAACUUAAAUCAUCUGCUUGUUUGGAAUUCAAAUAGAGUUCCUCUUGUAGCUCCAGUAUCAGAUUUAAAUUCUGAUCAGGAAAAUAAUAAUCAGCAGAGUGCUAAAAGCAUGAAUACAUCUGGAUGGGAUAUUCUUAAAUCCAUAUCAAAAGCAACUAACUGCUAUAUGUCUACACCCAACUUUGAAAGGAUUUGGUGGGACAAAGGUAGCGACCUCCGCCGCCCAGUCUCUAUUUGGCGACCUAUUGCACGUCAUGGUUAUGCUGUCUUGGGAGAUUGCAUCACUGAAGGCCUAGAACCUCCUGCACUGGGAAUAAUCUUCAAGAAUGACAAUCCUGACAUCUCUUCAAAACCUCUUCAAUUUACCAAAGUUUCCCAUAUUGUAGGGAAAGGGAUUGAGGAAGUUUUCUUCUGGUACCCUGUUGCUCCUCCAGGUUAUGUAUCUUUAGGUUGUGUUGUCUCAAGAACCGAUGAAGCACCACGUGCAAAUUUGUUUUGCUGCCCUAGGAUGGAUCUUGUUAGCCAAGCAAACAUUCAUGAGACUCCUCUUUCAAGAUCUUCAAACUCAAGAGGUCCUCAAUCCUGGAGCAUUUGGAGAGUAGAAAAUCAGGCAUGCACUUUUCUGGCUCGUUCUGACCUUAAAAAACCGUCAAGUCGUUUGGCCUACAUAAUUGGUGAUUCAGUGAAACCAAAGACCCGGGAGAACAUAAAUGCUGAGCUGAAGCUGCGAUACUUUUCCCUGACAAUUUUAGACAGCUUAUGUGGAAUGAUGAGACCCUUGUUUGACACUACAAUUACCAAUAUUAAGCUUGCAACACAUGGUGGGCUACAUGGGAUGAAUGCAGUGCUUAUUUCUUCCAUUGUUGCAUCAACCUUCAAUGCACAAUUAGAGGCAUGGGAACCCCUUGUGGAACCAUUUGAUGGAAUAUUCAAGUUUGAAACAUUUGAUACAAAUGCACAAUCACCGUUCGGAUUAGGUAAGAGAAUUCGAGUUUCUGCAACUAGCAUCUUGAAUGUAAAUGUCAGUGGAGCAAAUCUUGAAUCCUUUGUGGGAAGUGUUCAUUCAUGGAGAAGACAGUUAGAGUUUGAACAGAAAGCAUCCAAGCUAAAUGCGGAGGCUGGUGGUCAACACAAAGGAGAAAGUACAACUUUUUCUGCUCUAGAUGAGGAUGACUUGCAGACUGUAAUAGUAGAAAAUAAACUUGGGUGUGAUAUCUUUGUCAAAAAAGUUGAGCAUGAUGUAGAUACAGUUGACAUGCUACCUCACGGAGACUGUGUGUCUGUGUGGAUUCCUCCUCCACGGUUUUCAAAUAGGUUAAAUGUUGCAGAUGAAUCUAGAGAAGCACGUUACUAUGUCGCUGUACAGAUACUGGAAGCAAAGGGUUUGUCUAUAAUUGAUGAUGGUAACAGCCAUAACUUCUUCUGUGCCUUGCGUCUUGUUGUUGACAGUCAGGCGUCCGAGCAGCAAAAGCUUUUUCCACAGAGUGCAAGAACAAAGUGUGUCAAGCCUAUAAUAUCAAUAGUUAAUAAUCGUGAUGAAGGCAAUGUAAAGUGGAAUGAACUAUUUAUAUUUGAAGUUCCCCGAAAGGCCCCUGCUAAGUUGGAAAUAGAGGUUACAAAUCUUGCUGCAAAAGCUGGGAAAGGGGAUGUCGUGGGUGCACUUUCCUUUUCUGUUGGACAUGGUGCUAAUACUCUUAAGAAAGUUGCUUCAGUGAGAAUGGUUCAUCAACCAUAUGAUGCUCAAAAUAUUAGAUCAUAUCCAUUUACUAGAAUGGGUCAGCAAAGCAAUGUUGAAUUCAUGCAUGACAGCUCCCUCGUUGUUUCAACUUCUUAUUUUGAAAGAAAUACUAUUGCUAAUCUUCAAAAAGAAUUGGAAACUGAAAAUACUAGUGAUAGAGACAUAGGUUUUUGGGUGGGUCUUGACCCAGAGGGUGAGUGGGAGAGUGUUCGAUCAUUACUUCCACUUACAGUUGGUCCAAAAUUCUUACAGAAGGAAUAUAUCGGUAUGGAAGUUGUGAUGAAAAAUGGGAAGAAGCAUGUAAUUUUCAGGGGUCUUGUCGGAGUAGUGAAUGAUUCAGAUGUUAUAUUGAAUAUUUCAACGUGUCAUGCUUGUCAUGAGCCCUCACUUGGAACAAGCACUUCAAAUACAGUGGUUGAAGAAGUCUUUCAAAAUCAGUAUUACCAGCCAUCAUCAGGUUGGGGUAACAGUUGGCCAGGUGUACACCCUGAUAAUCCUAGACACUGGAGCACAAGGGACUUCUUGUCCUCUUCAAAGGACUUCUUUGAACCUCCACUUCCUCCUGGGUGGAAGUGGGCUUCAGGUUGGUCUAUAGAAAAGUUUCAAUAUGUUGACAAGGAAGGCUGGGCAUAUGGAUCAGACAUAAAAAAUUUAAGAUGGCCUCCUACUUCAUCAAAAUCUUCAACAAAAUCGGCCUCUGAUGUUGUCCGUCGAAGGCGUUGGAUUCGUACUAGACAACCCAUUUCUGAACAAGGUGUAGAAUCCUUGCAGAAUGGAGUAAGUACUGUGCAUCCUGGAGCAUCUACCAAUUUAUCAUGGAGAAGUACGUCAAAGGACUCUGAACAACAUUUGCAAAUUCGACCCAGCUUUGAUAAUUCUCAGCCCUCGUAUUCAUGGAGUCAUGCUGUAGCUGUUGGUUCAACUUAUAUAUUUAGCAAGGACCAACAAUUAGAUCCAGGCUGUAGACCCAAUUCUGUGACAUCCAAUUGUUCUUUAAAGCUAAAUGAGAUUGAGAAAAAGGAUAUACUUCUGUGCUGUAAGCCUAGCAGUGGAAGUAAACAGUUUUGGUUUAGUGUGGGUACAGAUGCCUCAGUCCUUAAUACUGAACUAAAUACCCCUGUAUAUGAUUGGAGAAUAUCUAUUAACUCUCCUAUGAAAUUGGAAAACCGGCUUCCUUGUCCUGCUGAAUUUUCAAUCUUAGAGAAAACAAAGGAAGGAAACUGUGUCGAGCGACAUCGUGGUAUAGUUUCUUCUCGUCAGAGUGUACAUAUCUAUUCAGUUGAUAUUCAGAAACCAUUGUACCUUACUUUGUCUGUGCAGAAUGGUUGGGUUAUGGAAAAGGAGCCAAUUCUUGUGCUGGAUCCUGGUUUAUCUAAUCAUGUCUCAUCUUUCUGGAUGGUUCACCGACAAAGUAGAAGGAAAUUGCGUUUGAGUAUAGAACAUGAUAUGGGUGGGACAAGUGCUGCACCAAAAACCUUAAGACUUUUUGUCCCUUAUUGGAUUGUCAAUGAAUCUUCCCUGCCUUUGUCAUAUCGAUUGGUGGAAGUGGAACCUUUGGAAAAUGCAGAGAUGGAUUCGCCCUCACUUUCUAGGGCUGUCAGGUCUGCCAAGACAGCUUUGAAAAAUCCCAUUAGCUCACUGGAUAGAAGGCAUUUUAGUUCAAGAAGGAACCUACAAGUACUUGAAGUAAUUGAAGACAGCAAUCCAUUUCCCAGCAUGCUUUCUCCACAAGAUUAUGCUGGCCGUAGUGGAGGUACAAUGUUUCAAUCUCAGAAAGAUUCAUACUUGUCACCUAGGCUGGGCAUUUCUGUUUCGAUGCGCUAUUCUGAAGUUUACAGCCCAGGGGUUUCUCUGCUUGAACUGGAAAACAAGGAACGUAUUGAUGUUAAGGCUUUAAAAUCUGAAGGAUCUUACUACAAGCUCUCAGCAUUGUUGAAAAUGACUUCAGACAGAACAAAGGUGGUUCAGUUCCAGCCACACACAAUGUUUAUCAAUAGGGUUGGAUGUAGUCUCUGCCUACAGCAAUGUGAUACUCAGUCUGUUCUAUGGAUACAUCCCACUGAUCCUCCAAAACCAUUUGAGUGGCAGUCGUCAGCUAAAGUUGAACUUUUGAAGUUGCGUAUCGAUGGCUACAAAUGGAGUACACCAUUCAGUGUAGGUUAUGAAGGUAUAAUGCGAAUUGGUUUGAAAAAAGAUGUUGGAGAUGAAACAAUGCAAUUAAGGGUGGCAGUAAGAAGUGGUGCUAAGAGAUCACGAUUUGAAGUGGUUUUUCGUCUGAAUUCAUUGUCAAGUCCUUACAGAGUUGAAAAUCGUUCGAUGUUCCUACCCAUUCGUUUUCGUCAAGCUGAUGGUAUCGGUGAUUCCUGGCAACUGCUGCUUCCAAACUCUGCCGCUUCAUUUCUGUGGGAAGAUCUUGGUAGAAGACGUUUGUUGGAACUCUUGGUAGAUGGUGCUGACCCAAUGAAAUCACUGAAGUACGAUAUCGAUGAAAUUUUUGAUCACAGGCCUGUCCAUGUAGGAGAAGGACCAACCAGAGCAUUGCGUGUAACAAUUGUAAAAGAAGAGAAAACCAAUGUUGUUAAGAUCAGUGAUUGGAUGCCUGAAACUGAACCUAUAGGAGUUAUGAGCCGAAGACAUUCAUCAUCAGUGAAUGAUUCUCAAAAGCAACAACUAAUGUCAGAUACAGACUUUGAGUUUCACAUCAAUGUUGAUCUUGCUGAGCUUGGGGUGUCUAUUAUUGAUCAUACACCAGAGGAAAUUUUGUACCUGUCUGUUCAAAAUCUUGUUCUGGCAUAUUCAACCGGUUUGGGAUCUGGAAUCAGUAGAUUCAAACUCAGAAUGUGUGGGCUACAAGUGGACAACCAACUGCCAUUAACUCCAAUGCCAGUCCUCUUCAGGCCUCAAAGAGCUGUGUCAGAGACUGAUUAUAUCCUGAAAUUUUCCAUUACAAUACAGUCAAAUGGAUCAUUGGAUCUUUGUGUCUAUCCAUACAUUGGUCUUCAUGGGCCGGAAAGUUCUGCUGCCUUUUUAGUAAACAUCCAUGAACCUAUUAUUUGGCGCCUUCAUGAAAUGAUCCAGCAGGUUAAGCUUGGUAGGCUGUCUGAAUCUCAAACAACUGCUGCAUCAGUUGAUCCAAUCAUUCAAAUUGGUGUCCUUAAUAUUUCGGAAGUACGGUUCAAAGUGUCGAUGGCUAUGUCUCCAAGUCAAAGACCUAGGGGAGUGCUUGGAUUUUGGGCAUCUUUAAUGACUGCAUUAGGCAACACGGAAAAUAUGCCUGUCCGGAUAAACCACAGGUUCAACGAGAAUGUAUGCAUGAGGCAGAGUUCUAUGAUUAGCAUGGCUAUCUCAAAUAUCCGGAAAGAUCUUCUAGGCCAACCGCUUCAGCUGCUCUCAGGUGUUGAUAUAUUGGGCAAUGCAAGUAGUGCACUUGGACAUAUGAGCAAGGGUGUAGCUGCAUUGUCUAUGGAUAAGAAGUUUAUUCAAAGUCGACAAAGACAGGAAAGCAAAGGUGUGGAGGAUUUUGGUGAUGUUAUAAGAGAGGGAGGUGGAGCUUUUGCUAAAGGUUUAUUCAGAGGGGUAACUGGCAUUUUAACAAAGCCUCUUGAAGGAGCUAAAUCUUCGGGCGUUGAAGGUUUUGUUCAGGGUGUUGGGAAGGGUAUUAUUGGUGCAGCUGCUCAACCUGUGAGUGGUGUUCUGGAUCUUCUGUCAAAAACGACAGAAGGUGCCAAUGCUAUGAGAAUGAAAAUUGCCUCUGCUAUAACAUCUGAUGAACAGCUUCUUCGGAGGAGGUUGCCUCGUGUUAUAAGUGGUGAUAAUUUGCUUCAAUUAUAUGAGGAGUAUAAAGCUCAAGGACAGGUAAUACUGCAGUUGGCAGAAUCAGGUUCAUUUUUUGGCCAGGUUGAUCUAUUCAAAGUUCGAGGAAAGUUUGCUUUAUCAGAUGCUUAUGAAGAUCACUUCAUGCUUCCAAAAGGGAAAAUCUUCAUGGUCACUCAUAGAAGAGCCAUACUUCUGCAACAACCGUCCAAUAUUAUUGGUCAGAGGAAGUUCAGCCCUGCAAAGGAUCCUUGUUCAAUAGUGUGGGAAAUACUGUGGGAUGACUUUGGUACAAUGGAACUGACACAUGGAAAAAAGGACAACCCAAAAUCUCCUCCUUCGCAGCUCAUUUUGUAUUUGCAGUCUAGAUCAUUAGAUGUGAAAGAAAAUCUUCACGUUGUAAAAUGCAACCGUGAAUCCCAUCAAGCUCUUCAAGUCUACUCUUCAAUUGACCGUGCAUUGAGCAUUUAUGGCCCAAAUGCAUCAAAAGGAAUGCUGAAAAAUAAAGUAACCAAGCCAUAUUCACCACUUGUUGAUGGUCCUAGUGUAGAUGUCACACCAAAAGAAGGGGUGUGCCCCUGGUCCCCACAACAGAUGCCUGGAUCAGCUCCUAUCUCUUCAAGUUUUGGUAGCAGUUCCAAUCACUAG